UAGGAGUAGGGGUAGUGGUAGUAGAAGUAGUAAAAGUAGGCCUAAUAGUAAUAGUAGUUAUAGCAGCAGCAGGACAGAGCUUAUUUGUCAAGGGUCCAUUGUGCAAACCGACCUUUAAACCAAUUUCAUGUAGGCCGUCUCCGUACAACGAAACAUAAUGCUAGUCAAUAUUAAAUUGGCUGGUUGUGUGCUUACAACAACAACGAAAUGAUCGGGGAAUGCUGACUCUAACCUAACCCAACAUGGGUUCCAGUCUGAGCUCCCAGCCAGAACUCCCCGAGGUGGAUCUGAAAGGGAAAGUUAUCAUUGUGACAGGGGCUAAUGCAGGAAUUGGUUAUGAGACAGCGAAAUCCCUGGCUCAAAUGGGAGCUAAGGUGAUACUGGCCUGCAGAUCGGAGACAAAAGCUCUUGGGGCCAUCGAUCGGAUGAAACAAGAACAUAAUGAGGAGCAGGAAGUGAAAGGAAGGUCAAAGGUCAAAAGUCAGGUCGAAGAACUUGACCUUGUAUACAUGAACCUUGACCUCGGGUCACUAGCGAGUACAACGAACUUUGCAGAGUCAUUCAAAGUCAGAGGAACACCCUUGCAUGCUCUCAUAUGUAAUGCUGGCAUGGCCUACGGACCUGAUGAACCGAGCGUGGAUGGACUCGAGAUUCACUUCCAGGUCAAUUACCUGUCCCACUUCCUGUUGAUUCUGCAAUUACUUCCGGUGUUGAAGAGCUCUGGACCUAAUAGUCGCGUCGUUCUCGUCGCCUCUCUGGCGUAUCGAUUCGCAAGAUGGAAUGAAGAGGAUAUACAGGGAACAAAUGAGAACAAAACUACCAUUUACUCAAAUACAAAGUUGUAUCAGAUCAUGCAGAUGCUCGCUUUGGAGAGACGCCUGGAAGGAUCUGGAAUUGGGAUAUUUUCCGUGCACCCAGGUAUCGUGGAGACAGAGCUUGUAAAGAGAGAGGGACAGCGAAUUCCAAUGAUGACCAGCUUCUUUGCCAGACUGGGCAUGUCUACACAUUUCUUACGUAAUCCUUUUAAGGGUGCACUGACUACCCUUCACGCUGUCGCCAACCCGAUAUACGAUGGCAAGACUGCCCUCUACUUCGAAAACUCGAAACCACAUAGUCUGACGUCACUACCGCGUGACCGCUGGAAGCAGGAGCAUCUAUGGAAAUAUUCUGUGGAGUGUUUGAGGAACUACAUCACAGAGGAUAUGUUGGAUAUUUUCACUUCGUGAGAUGCAGAUCAUGGACUUCUUUUCCAUCUUCAUCAACAUGAACAAUGUGGACACCAUGAGGAUGUAGGCUGUGUCUCGUUGGACGAACUGAUCAGAGGCAUUACGUGCGUCCGCACAGUGGAGGGGCACUGAUAUCUUGGGGGCACCGGUCGGUCAUGCUCAGCAAAUUAAACGGGAAUUUUAAAUGCCACUAAUUAGUAAGGUCUUAUCAAUUUGUUUCCUCUCCAUUUUCCUUUUCUCUCUUCUCUUUUAUAUAUGUUUAUCUUUUCCUCUGUGCUUUACAUAUACAUAAUUAUAUUUGCCUUCCGAUUAGGGGAGAUACAUGCCCCCAUGUGCCCCGUUGCAGCUACGCCACUGGUACUUAUUAAAGGGGAGCUUGUCUAACAUUGUUGGUGACAUUCGUUCAGCCACUCAACUACAAACACUCUAGCGAUGUAAACUGUAUUUUUCUACUGCUCCCUAUGUACAGUUGUUGUUGGAUGUAUUUUGGGUGUUCAGUCAAAGUUGACUUCUUCCAUUGAUUCCAAUUUAAAGAGAAGGUUGAGUUCUGGGAAGAGGUGAAAAAUAAUUUGUGAGCAUUACUCAUUCUUAUUAUG